UUUUUGAUGUGGCUGUUUGACUGCCUUGGCAGAGCCAUGCUGUGGUUUUGCUGCGUGUUGUCCAUACUUUGUUUAUAUGAUAAAGAUUUGUUAAUAGAUCAUCUUCUAGGGCCUCUUGAAGCCCUAUUCCAUUUGUUGUGCCUCUUAUGAUGCUCAGCUUCCUGGAGUGCCAGCUGUGUGUCCAUGGGGACAUGAGACCUAGUGCCUGUCCUGCUGUUGCAGCUUGUCGCUGUGCUCAGUGAGCCAGUCCCCAGGCAGGGCUGGCUUGGCAGCGUGUGUGCGGAAAAACGUUUGUUUCAUGUUCUGUGAUCUAGCAGAAUCCUAGAAAACCGACACACAAGGGAUGCUGAGAGUUGAUUUGAGUAAGGGAAGGGAAAGGCACGGAACUGAUGGCUGUUUCCUCUAGAAAGGAACAAGAACAGUGGAGCUGCUGCGGUCUUCUCUUCCAGUUAGUGGCGGUUCUUUUCUUCAGCUCUGCAUCUGCAAGUGCAUACUGGUUUGAACUGUAUCACGAGAAGUGUUGCUGUAUUGUGUGAAUUAGUGUUUUCCAUCCUGCAGGAAUAUCGGUGUAAUUUUGCUGCCUGCCUUCUACCUCCUCUGCCUGUUUUUCUCCCAAGUCUGCAAGGUACAUGGUCUGCCCUGCAGUCCUGCUGCUGUAUGUCGAAGCAUUGUGGCCUUAAUACUUAAGUUACAGCCUGACCCUGGAUGGAAUCAUGUGGAUAAACAUGGGCUUGUCCAAGAGAGGAUGCCAGCCCCCAUCAGACUGCGGGAGUUGAUCCGGACCAUCCGGACAGCAAGAACCCAGGCAGAAGAGCGUGAGAUGAUCCAAAAGGAAUGUGCUGCUAUCCGGUCAUCCUUCCGAGAGGAAGAUAACACAUACCGAUGCAGAAAUGUGGCAAAGCUGCUGUAUAUGCACAUGCUGGGAUACCCCGCACAUUUUGGACAGUUGGAGUGCCUCAAGCUCAUUGCCUCUCAGAAAUUCACAGACAAGCGCAUUGGGUAUUUAGGUGCCAUGUUGCUGCUGGAUGAGAGACAGGAUGUCCAUCUUCUUAUGACCAAUUGCAUCAAGAAUGACCUUAAUCACAGCACGCAGUACGUGCAGGGGCUGGCACUCUGCACUCUUGGCUGCAUGGGCUCCUCAGAAAUGUGCAGAGACCUUGCAGGAGAGGUGGAAAAGCUCCUCAAAACUUCCAACUCCUAUCUUAGGAAAAAGGCAGCGUUGUGCGCUGUUCAUGUCAUUAGAAAGGUGCCUGAACUCAUGGAGAUGUUCCUGCCAGCCACCAAAAACUUGCUGAAUGAGAAGAACCAUGGUGUUCUUCACACGUCGGUUGUCCUUCUCACAGAGAUGUGUGAGAGAAGCCCAGACAUGCUUGCACACUUUAGAAAGCUUGUUCCCCAGUUAGUUCGUAUUCUGAAGAACCUUAUCAUGUCUGGAUAUUCACCAGAGCAUGAUGUGUCUGGGAUCAGUGACCCCUUUUUGCAGGUACGAAUCCUGCGGUUACUAAGAAUUUUAGGGCGAAAUGAUGAUGAUUCUAGUGAAGCAAUGAAUGAUAUACUUGCACAGGUUGCCACUAACACAGAAACAAGUAAAAACGUGGGAAAUGCCAUUCUGUAUGAAACUGUGCUGACCAUUAUGGACAUAAAAUCUGAGAGUGGACUGAGAGUGUUAGCCAUUAACAUCCUUGGCCGUUUCUUAUUAAACAACGACAAAAAUAUUAGAUACGUAGCUUUGACGUCAUUGUUGAAAACGGUGCAGACAGACCAUAAUGCAGUACAGCGGCACAGAAGUACGAUUGUGGACUGCCUGAAAGAUCUGGAUGUCUCCAUUAAAAGGCGCGCAAUGGAACUGAGCUUUGCUCUUGUUAACGGGAACAAUGUCCGUGGAAUGAUGAAGGAGUUGCUGUAUUUCCUGGAUUCCUGUGAACCAGAGUUCAAGGCAGACUGUGCAUCUGGAAUAUUUCUUGCAGCUGAAAAAUAUGCUCCAUCCAAACGCUGGCACAUAGACACAAUUAUGAGAGUCCUAACAACGGCAGGGAGUUACGUUCGUGAUGAUGCUGUUCCCAAUCUGAUUCAGCUAAUAACUAAUAGCGUGGAGAUGCAUGCCUACACUGUGCAGAGGCUCUACAAAGCCAUCCUUGGUGAUUACUCCCAGCAACCGCUGGUGCAAGUGGCCUCUUGGUGCAUAGGAGAAUAUGGAGAUCUUCUGGUGUCUGGUCAGUGUGAAGAGGAGGAACCAAUACAGGUAACGGAGGAUGAAGUUCUCGAUAUUUUAGAAAGCGUCCUGAUUUCUAAUAUGUCUGCAUCUGUUACACGAGGCUAUGCUCUCACUGCCAUCAUGAAGCUUUCCACGAGGUUCACCUGCACUGUCAAUCGCAUUAAGAAGGUAGUUUCCAUUUAUGGCAGCAGCAUUGAUGUGGAGCUACAGCAGAGGGCAGUGGAAUAUAAUGCACUUUUCAAAAAAUAUGAUCACAUGAGGCCAGCCCUGCUUGAGAGAAUGCCAGUAAUGGAGAAGGUCACCACAAACGGCCCUGCUGAGAUUGUACAGACCAACGGAGAGACAGAGCCAGCGGUCCUGGAAACCAAACCUCCGCCCUCUGGACCGCAGCCCGCUAGCCAGGCAAAUGAUUUGUUGGACUUGUUGGGGGGAAGCGAUAUAACACCAGUAAUCCCCACUGCACCUACAAGCAAGCCGGCCUCUGCUGGCGGGGAGCUCCUCGACCUCCUGGGAGACCUCAACCUAACGGGUUCUCCAGUAUCUGCUCCUGCACCCCAGAUAGCACAGCCUCCAUUCCUGCUUGAUGGACUUUCAUCACAGCCUAUCUUCAAUGAUAUUGCUACAGGAAUCCCUUCAAUUACUGCAUACAACAAGAAUGGGCUGAAGAUUGACUUCACCUUUGAGAGAUCCAACACCAACCCUAGCGUCACUGUAAUCACGAUACAGGCCUCCAACAGCACAGAGCUGGAAAUGACAGAUUUUGUUUUCCAAGCUGCAGUACCAAAGACAUUCCAGCUGCAGCUCCUGUCUCCCAGCAGCAGUGUCAUCCCUGCAUUUAACUCGGGGACCAUCACACAGGUUAUUAAAGUCCUGAAUCCACAAAAGCAACAACUACGUAUGCGGAUCAAGUUGACAUAUAAUCACAAGGGCUCGGCAAUGCAGGAUCUAGCAGAAGUCAACAACUUCCCCCCUCAGUCUUGGCAGUGAGGCUCUGGCACCAUUCUUAUUCUCACCCCACCCAAUCAAAAGAACACUGGGAAGAAGGUUGUGAUCCUGGGCAAUCCCCCAAACUGCACCAUGGGCAUGGGGAACAGAUGAGACCUGCUGAUGAGGAGGACUUUUCCUGAAGUGAUUGCUGACUUUGAAGCAUAUCUGUUAAGACUAAUCUCCUCUCCUCUGCUGAUGAGGCUGGCGGCUUGUGGAGGCUACUGUGCACUCCCUCACACGUGCGUUCACAGCCAGCAGCGUUUCCUUCUCCUCUCCCCUCCUCUCCCCGGCCCCCCCGCAAAGAAACACAGCCUGGUUGGAAGAGAAGUCUGGAAUUUCUAGCAGGGAAACUUUCUUCUCUCUGCAGCAAGCGAACAGCUGCCUGUUCUUUCUGCUGUCUCUUUCCCCUGGGGUGGGCAAGGCAUUUUGUCAUUCAUUACUAGCUGGAUUCCUUCAGGCACUUUCAUCUGGGGCUCUGACUGGGGACUCCGGGGAUGUCAGGCUGUCCUGCAUCUUUCUUCUUGUAUCCCCUGUGUCUGAAGGGGCUGGAGGCUUCUUAUGUCCUAUUCAGUGCAUUAUUGUAUCCACCCACCUCUUAGUUACGUGGUACAUACCAAGAGCAAGCGAGGCCUUGGGAGUUCAUCUGCAGCCCUGGGACAGUGCAGGAAAAGAGGUGCUGGUGAGAGCUGGUGAAAUUGCUUUGGUGCUGUACUUGGAAAUGAAGACAUUACACUUGAAUUUUCUUUCUUACCAUCAGUAGCUACAGCCAUACAGAUUCACAGAGAGUCUUCUGUAGCUUCACCAGAAAGUGUGGUGAUGAAUGAGAGAUGUAGAGAUCCAAGGAGCAGCUGGUUUUCUACCACAGAUGGUUUCAAAGCCUUUUAACCCAUUAGUUGCGGUUUAUGGGUAGAAAAGACAUAUUCCAUUUUGUAGAUCAGCCUUUGAGGGCUCUGUUCCUGCUGGGAGGCUCAUCAGAGACUAUGCUGCAAAGUUGCUCUUCCCAGUUAUUCCAGACCUUCUCAGUUUAAUUUCCAGAGCCUGUUGUAGACCCCCUGGAUUCCAUUUGAGUUAAUUCUGACUGGGAUAUUUGUGUUGUAUCUGUAAUACUGGCACUGAAAUAAAGACCAUGCGGUUUAAAGAGACCUUUUCCCAUUUUGUUACUUAAUUGAUCCUUGUAGUUUGCUCCUUGCUCCCCUUUCAGAGAAAUGUGCUAGUUCAGGUUCGGACUGAAAGUAAAUAAACUGGGUUUUUUUAGUGGAUUCAAUGAAGUCAUUUGAGUAUUGGGAUGCAAAGAUGUGAGGUUCAGUACUCCUCUAAGCUGACAGAAACCUGUGUUUGGUUCUGCUUCCUAGUGUGAACUGUUGUCGAGGUGGCAGAGUUCUGUGAAUUCUCGUGGAGGCGAUGUACAGUGUGACAAAAGUAUUUAGAUGUUCAGCCCUCUUCAGGGAGGGAGAGGGGAUGAUAUCCUAGAUCUUCAUCCAUGAGUGUGCUGGUAAACUGAAGGUGCUCCAGCUCCCAACCCAGUGUUUUCUCAAAAGAAACGAGUGGCACACCUGCUGUAUUUCUGUUACAGGGCUUUCCAGAUAAUGAUCGUUCAGUGCUCGGAUGCCAAGCUUGGACACAGGUUUUUGUGUCUGCAAAAGUGCUAACACUGGGCUCCAGUCCUGGAUAAAAACAUUGCGAGAGUGGUGCACAGCGUACUUGGAGAAGUGAAGACCUGUUCUGCCCUCGAAUCAGGAGCAGGAGGCCACUAAAGGUUGUUCAGUCUGCUUUUAACUGCAUUAAGUAAUUUAAUGUAGGGUUGACUGUCACUGAUUUAAGUGCUGGUGUGUGUAGUGGAAUAAGUUUAGCUUCUCUUGGAGGGCAUUUUUGCUGCCAUAUUGAUUAAACAGGUUUCAGUCUUUGGGUUAGCAAAGAGCUUUAUUAUUCUACUGGAACUAGCAUCAGCAUGGGGUUAUAAAAUCCAGAAUGAUGAUGUAUGAUUUCCUUAAAAGUAAUUCUGGGUUGCUGUAGGGUCAUGCCUUGGCUAUCAACGGUGAGAUGGAUGCUGUGAUUCAGCAUGAGGCAGGCAGGCUUGCAGAAAAUGGCUGAAUCAAAGUCUGUUUUUAGGUGCUGAGCAUUUACCUUUGUUGCUUUCACCGCAGUGGUGACUAUUCAUCACCCCACUAGCUCGAACUCCUUAGUGCUGAAGGCUGAGCAUGUUAAAUCUGGCAUCCGGUGAGCUCUGAGGGUGUCCCAGGUAUGAAGCUGAUGGAAAGUCUUCGCCUUAGUUCCUGAACGUCCCGUAACCUUCCCUGUUUUCACAGAACUGUGCAUGGUCCCUGGUACUGAAAGCUGGGACACCUCAAUCUCUGUUGGGUUUUGCUGUGAAAGGGCACUGGUGCAGGAGAUUAGAUGGGCAGAGAGAAGUAAAUGGUCUUUCACCCAGCUGGGUUGUUGCAGCAUAGUUGGGAACUGCUUGUUGUGCUUGUUUUCUGUCCACCAGAGCAGCUGGGUUUGUUCUCAGCUCUGUCUGGUAAGCUUGUAGAGAAUUCCUACAGUGUUCUGGGCUCCUUCAGUGGCCUUUGCACAGAAUGUUUGUGUUUUGAGAAAUAGAUUCUUUGUCAUAUAUUUCUUAGUUGAGCUGAAGGAGGUGGUGCACGUAUCUCAAAUGCAUCUUGUUUGCGGCCAUCCCUUGGCUAUGCAGUUCUCCUUUGUAGCACCCACAUGUUCCUGUUGUCCUUGGAGCAUUCCCCGUGCUGAGGCCGGGGCUCUCACACUAACACGGGUUCCACACGCUCCGUACAUGCCGGACCACGUGUCACUGCUUGUCCAUCUCCUGAGCCCUGUGCUGCCACUUUGUGUUGUCACAGCAGGGCGCUCAGGACGGGCUGAGCUGUCUCUCCACCAGCUGGACACAGCAGUUCUUACAGGUCUGGUCAACAUUGUUCUUGGUUCAGUGUAAGGGGAACAUAAAGGGAGCAAGACACAGACUUCGUGGUUACUCUGGCUGAUACCUGCACAGGAGGCUUUGGAGCUGAGAGAGAUUGCGUGUCUGUUUUUUCAAGUGAAUGUAUUUUAAGUCAAAAAUGACAGAGUAAUGACUGUAGUGGGCCUGACAGGGGAGGAGACAUGGGAAGAUCCUAAGCUUUGACUUUGUCCAGGUUUUUGAGGGGACCAAAUAUGGCCUUGAACAACCUUUUGAAGCAAUAGCAGUGAGGGGACUGCCACCCAUACAGUACCUUGGGUAUGUAACUGUGCAGAUGCUGAAACAGCUGGGAAAGGUGGCUCAGUGCCUUCCCCGGGCUGGUACCGGCUGCCGGAGGGAGCAGCAAAGUUGGAUAGCUGGUUUUUUUUAGAGCUGCUGGUGCGCUUUCUGUGUGUUCAUUUUCUACUUGGGGGCUAUGAGGGAAGGAGCUAUGGGACUGCUUCCCUCUGAACUUUCACUCUAUUCCUGUAUAUUCCUUUUUCUUUCCCGAUGUUGUAAUUUACAUUUUACAUAGAGCCCCAUCCCACCUCCUCGACAGUAUAGUGUUAAAAAAAAUCAAAAAAAAUAUCCCGCACCACGCCCAACCCCAAAAUGAAACCCCAACAAACCCAACAAAAUUUAACAUAAAAACAUGCCGUUUGAGCAGGGAGCCUGGUGGCAUUUGAACUCCUGCAGACCUAUUUUUGAGAUGUGAAAAAUUUAAAUAAAUGCUGAGUCUUAGGUGAGUGAGGAGCAUAACGGAUGUAAACAUUUACAUGGAUGCAUUAGACUUCUGCUGUGUGUAUUGUCUUUUGGUUGAAACAAAUUAUGAAGUAACUAAUAAAAUGAGUCAAUAUUCAAUGAUUUAAAA